UUGAGGUCUUGUAUUAUCUGGUAUCACCAAAGCCCCCAUCACCUCAACUAAUGGCACUGUGGACUAAGUGCCUAGGCUACACGGAGCUCCAUGUAUUUAUAGGAUGAAAUAAUGAAUCUGAAAGGCUCCACAUCUUAUUAGCUGUGGUCCUGAAUGAAUUUGCAUUAGUAUAUGCAACAUCCAUAUCAAUGUGUCCUGAAUGUUUGCUUCUUUGUACCUUAUGGCAGGACAUUGAGAUCCUCUCUUCAAGAUAUCCAAGUGGGUCCAGUCCUAUAUAAGGAACAUGGGGGUGAUGUCAUAGGCUCUGGACUUUCUUCUUUGAGCAUGGAAAUCAACUCAUGCUAAUGGAUACCUGGGGAAACUCCUCUUCAUAGCCGCAGAUUGAUUUUGAAUCCUAGUUUUGACUCAGACAUACCUACUGCACAUUUGAGUAUGAAUGCUUCAUGAUUCCACACUCUUGAGGGAAUGGCUAUGGAGCUACUCAGGACAAGAUCAUAACGACCUUUAUAUCCCACUGUGCAGUGAGAAUCCCUUGGAAGACUAUAUAGUGUGAACUUGAGAGUGUCUUUAUGUGUUAGGUAGGCUGAUAAGGUAGCACAAAUGUCAAAAGCUAGGAUGAUCUACUGGUAGUCAAAGCAAAAAGGCUGGUAGAGGCAAAUAGGCUGAUCUGGGGUCUAGUGACAGACAUAGGAGACUCAAUAGGCCAGUUGCUACAGGAAGGUGUCAUGUGCUGGGGACUUUGCAUACUCUUCUUUAACCAACACAAUAAUCCAACAAGGUACAAUGCAUUCAUAUAACAGUCAUCUUGGGAUCAGAGAUGUGAAAGGAUUGUGCCAAGGACACAAGUCCAAAAGUUGCAAAGCCUAAUUGUGAACAUACAUCUUUUGAAUACGAGUCUCUGGCUCUUGAAUACUAAACUACUGUCUUAGUCUGUUUUCUCCCUGAGAAACCCUAGCAUUGUUUCAGAAGCUGGGGAGGCUAAGGUAUUAACCCACCAGUCCCUUCCCCCAUUGGCUGAGGUUGCUAUUGAAAUAAAUACCCUUGAGGUGUGAAGCAGACAGGUGCUAGAAACUGCCACAGUGAUGGUGAACUCAGUUGGGCUGAAGGGAUUGGGGCAGGGUAUCUACAGCAUUGUCUAAGCUUUCCUUCAGGGAAAACCUAAUGUGUGUUCCUAAUGUGUGUUUGCUAGAUUAGAGCACUGGAGCAUCUGGGAGGCAUACUCCCUGCCCCACUAAUCUAGGUCAGUGACCUAUAGUCCAUGAUGGGCAGGGUGCCCAGGAGCUGGCCUUGCCCAGGGGAGGCUCCCUUGAGUGGAGAAGCAGCAUGCAUACAGGCUCUGAAAAGCUAGAGAAGCAUACACUGGGGUGUUUUUACCUGGUCUGAGAUUGGUAGAGAAUAUGGUGAUUGUGAACCAGGAGUGGUUGCAAGCUACACAGGUCUUAGGGGACCCAUUCCUUCCUUAGUCUACUUCCUACCUUGAACCUACUGGGGGCUUCCACUCCUAGGAAUAACAUUCCAGUGUGUCAUUUUGGGGCAAAAGAAUCCAGUCAUCAGCCCUGGGGCAGUCCCAUAAUGUUUCUUCCCUCAAACUCAGUGUUGAUGACUAUAUUUCCUGGUUGUUGCUCUUAAGAGCUUACUUAGCAUGCCCUACUUUUUCAGGGUGAAUGGGCAAGUCACAGUCAUACUUGGUUGACAUUUACAUAAAGACUCACUGAAUCUCUGCACCAGGAACCAGAAAAUAUUCAGCGUCAGGCAGUCCCAACCCAAGUGAGGUAGAACCUCCUUCCUUCCCUGUGUGUAUAAAAAGCUUGGCACCUGUUGGAUUCAGUCAGAGCACCUAAGUCUGGAAGAAGCCGUAGUCCAUAAUAACAGAUUACAGGUGUAGUCUGAAGUCAUGAAACCUGCUGAUCUUUGAUCUUCUCUUGCUUCUGGGGAGUCCUAGACAGCUUUCCAGAGCCCUUGGAUGCAGCUAGAACCUUUACUUUGGAUCCAGGGUAAAAAGCAUCUCUUGGACAAAGGAAGCUCUGAAGCCAACAUGGCCACCCCCCAAGCGGUAGACUAUUCCAGAAUCUUUGGUGUUCAUGAUUCUCUACAGAUGGUGUGGGUCCUGAAUGGAAAUUCUUUAAUAACAACUCCUUUUAACAACAAUGUCAGUCCUGUCAGUCUUGAUUUAAUGACAUGUAUGGACAAAGAAUUCCAUGAUGCAGGAAAAGGCAAUCCAGUUUACUUGGGAAUCAAGAACAACCAUCUUUGUCUUUUCUGUGGAGAAAUUCAGGGCCAGCCAACUUUACAGCUUAAGGUGAUGAACUCAGCAAGGAGACUGACUCAGUGCGAAACUUCCCAUUGCAGACCAGACAAAGCACGUCCUCGUGGGAUCUACUUCCUUUAUCACCGGACUGAAGGCAAGUAGUCAUGGGUCUAAAGGGUGAGGACAGAGAAAGGGUAGGGUGGCCUCAGAUUUCUGCAUCUGGCCUCUUGUUUCUGAGUUGGAUAUCAACUAGUGAAGAUUGGACUUUGGAUGCCAAACUCACUCCAGGCAUCUUGGUGUCCAAGGAGGUGGCCAGUGUGUGCUUUGUAGGAUGAGGCAGGCACCAACUUUGAGUUCUGCUCUUUCUUGACCCUUGACCAUUACAAGCUGAAUGACAGAGAGUCCCGCUGUGCACUCAUUACAAAACUCCGUGAACACGAAAGAAGGAAAAAUCAGAUACCCCCAGACGUGGUCACCACCCUCACCCUGUGGGCAUCCUCACUAUGGCACAUUUCUCCAGCUAAAAACACUGAUUAGCUUUGUAUUUAGUUGGGUCAAGAAAGAUUUUUAACAUAGCUGGAGUAACUAUCAAAUUAACAUACAGUAUGUAACUUCCAAAGUUGAGGGAAGGAUGAACAAAGGAGAAACAAACAAAACCUCACUCAUCCAGAUGAAGGCACUAAAUGAAGGAGAAAAAGAAACAAGAGAAAGAGAGAGAGAGAGAAAGAAAGAAAGAAAGAAAGAAAGAAAGAAAGAAAGAAAGAAAGAAAGAAAGAGAAAGAAAGAAACGAAAAGGAUGGUAGAAAUAAAUUGACAUAUUUCAGUAAUUAGUCAAUUUAAAUUAACUUUCCGGUUAAAAGAAGGUUAACAGACUAGAAAAAGAAAUACUGCAAUGUGCUAAUUACAGGAGACAUCCUUAGAACUAAAAGGCAUGAGUUUCUUUCAGUGUCAGUGAGUAGGCUCUGAUUGGACCAAGACUUGCCCAAAACCAACUACAAGACCUGGUGGGAAAUGGGGAGGGACCCAGAAUGCAUUGGUGACCAAGCAUAAGCAAACACAUGCAAGCACAUUCUGCAGGGGAGUAGCUACUUGGAAAAAUAUGUCCAAUUUUCAUUCUGAUGGCAGGCUUAAGCCGCACAGCAUAAGACAACUAAAGCUAAACCCUAAAGUCCCCCUUGAAGAACCAGGGGACAGAUCUGGGACAACCACAGCACUGGAAAGUAAGGGGGUAAUCUUAGAAGGAGAGAGGCAGGGGCAUCUGGGUGGCUCAGUAGGUUAAGCAUCCGACUUCGGCUCAGGUCAUGAUCUCAUGUUUUGUGGGUUUGAGCCUCGUGUUGGGCUCUGUGCCGACAGCUCAGCAUCUGGAGCCUGCUUCCGAUUGCGUCCCCCUCUUUCUCUCUGCCCCUCCUCUGCCCCCUUCUCUGCUUGUGCUCUCUCUCUCUCUCAAAAAUAAAUAAACACUUAAAAAAAAAAAAAAAAAGGAGGGAGGCAGUGAGGGAGAGCUCAAAAUUCCGUGUAAAAAGUGCCCAAAUCCCUGGCUGACCCUCGAGCUAUGCCUAGAAGCCCAGCUAAAGGUAAAGGAACUGAUCUGACAUUAUUUACUGCCACUUGAGGGACAGGGUUUGUAUUUUGAGUCUAAUGAAGUUACUGCAUGGUAGAGCAGAAAUACAAAUUUCUUCAAAGGAGUGUAACAGAUAUAGAGCCUCUGCAAUAUAACAUUUAUAAUGCCCAGGGAACAAUUCAAACUUACGAGGAACAAAGAAUGUGUGCUCCUGUGUCAAGAAUUAUGGCAAUGACGACCAACCCUGAAAUGAUCUAGAUGUCAGAAUUAGCGGGCAAGAAUUGUAAAACAGAACCAUAUUAACAGAAUAAAGGAGAAAUGCCAUAUGAUUAUUUCAAUGGCUACAGAGAAAACAUUAGGUUAAAGUUAACCCCUACUCAUGGUAUACACUCUCAGUCCACCAGGAACAGAAAAAACUUUUUCAGUAUCUAAAAGGGCAUCUACACACACACACACACACACACACACACACACACACACAAAUCUACAGCUCACACUUAAUGGUGAGAGACUGGAUGUUUUUUCCUGAGAUCGGUAAUCAGCCAAGGAUGGUCGUAUUCAACAUUUUACCAGAGAUCCUAGCCAUUUAAAUUAAAAAUAAAUUAAAUUAAAAUAUCCAAGGAAUAAAGACCCGAAAAUAAGGAAAGCUGUCCCUAUUUGCAGGCGAUAUGAUUGUAUGGAAAAUCCUGAGAAAUCUACAGAACAACUACCAGAACUAAUAAGUGUAAGGUGGCAGGAUACAGUGUUAAUAUAGGAAAGUUAAUUGCAUUUUUUAAUGUUUAUUUAUUUACUUUGAGUGGGGGGAAGGGACAGAGAGAGAGGGAGACACAGAAUCUGAAGCAGGCUCCAGGCUCUGAGCAAGAGGUCCGCACAGAGCCUGAUGUGGGGCUGGAACCCACGAACUGUGAGAUCAUGACCUGAGCCGAAAGUCGGACGCUCAACCGACUAAGCCACCCAGGCGCCCCCCCAAUGGUAUUUCUUAAACAAAUAACAAACUUUCUUUAAAAAAUUGGAAUAUAACAUACACAGAGGACACUGCACAGCUUAUCAGGAUAUAGUUUGCUGAAUUUUCCGAUUAUACACAUAAGCACCCAGAAGCAGCCCUUACUCCUUGCAGCCACUAUUUCUACCUCAGGGUGUGGCUAACCCCUAGCCUGAUGUCCAACAUCAUGGAUUAGUUUUCCUCAGUUUUGAAUUAUGUAAAUGAAACAAUACAGCAUGCCUUCUUUUUGUGCUUGGUUUCUUUCGCAAUAUUAUGUUUGAGAACCACCUUUGAAGUUAAGCAAAAAAGCAAACUUUAAAUAAAUAACACACUUGAAUGAUUUUUUUAAAAAAUUCAGGUAGGAUGAAGGGAACAAAGUGAAAAUCAGUUCUGCCUCCCAACCCAUUUUCUCAUUUUCUUUUUUGCCUAGAGAUAAUUUAAUUGACUUUUUCCAGUUUGCAGACUAUCUUUGGAGAGAAAUUUAGGACACAAACAGGCCUCUGAAUGUGUACUUUUUCCACAUACAUGGUAGCACAUGCUACAUAUAGAAGAGGACCCUUCAGAGGAUGUACUUCUGAGAUAUUUUCUGAGUCAACCUACUCUUUCUCCAUCCCUGUUGUCAUUGUUCAUUCACUGUUGAAGAAUAAGGGGCUGUUAGUUUGUGACUGUCCCUCAAGUUGGGAUUGUCUGGCGUUUCCUCAUGAUUAGAUUCAGCGUAUGCACGGUUGGCAGGAACAUUCCAGAAGAGAUCACGUGUCCUUCUCAGUGUAUCAUCUGUAAGGAGAUGCCUUGUGUUGGCUUGUGCCCUUACUGGUAAAUGAAAUUUUGGCCACUUGGUUAAGGUGAGUUUGGCUAGGUUUCUCCACUGCAAAAUUACCAAUUUUUCUUUUGUUUAAAGAUUUUUUAAAAUUAUUUAUUCAUUUUUUAAAAUAUUUAUUUUUUGAGAGAGAGAGACACACACGGAGUGUGAGCUGAGGAGGGACAGAGAGAGAGGGAGACACAGAGUCUGAAGCAGGCUCCAGGCUCUGAGCUAUCAGCACAUAGCCCGACAUGGGGCUCGAACUCACAAACCGCGGGAUCAUGACCUGAGCCGAAGUCAGACAUUCAAUCGCCACCCAGGCGCCCCACCAAUUUUCCUUUUGUAAUUGAUAGGUAGUCUGUGAGGAGAUUCUUUAAGGCAAUGUACAUCUUGUGCUUAUCAAACAUUUGCUUAAAGGUUUUAACUCUUGUUGAUGAUUUUUGCCUGAAUCAGUCAUUACUAUGAUGAUUGCAAAAUAUUACUAUGUUUAUUUUUAUUAUCCUUGAACUAACUGUAUUUUUUUAUAUGUUGACAGCAAGCUGUUAGAAAAUGAAAUAAAAAAGCAAUUCCGUUUAUAAUAAAAUAGGAGAGAUUUAACAAAAGAUGUAAAAGAUCCAUACA